GUAGAUAAUUGUAAUUGUCCAUAGUUCUUAUUGCUGAUUUUUAAAAAGAAUUAUAGCUAAAACAUGAAUGACUUUUUGGAUCAUGUCUGUAGGAUACUGAUAACUAGUUCCAGAUUGUGUUUUCCAAGACUGUAUAUCAAUGUAAACCUUCUUUUUUUUUGUUUCGUCAUUUUUAUCUCUCUUUUUUGUUUUGUUUUGUUUUAUGAAGCUGUAACUGCCUUGGUUCCCACAGCCGAGGGUAAUGGGAAGCAUGUCAGAAUUGCGACCGCUCCUCCGGGAGAUGAAAGUGCACAGGGAGGAGAUGUCAGGAGACCGGAACUCGGGAUGUCGCUCCUCGGCAGCCAUGGGCGGCUCCGGGGGGCGUGGCUCCGGAGGGCGUGGCUCGGGCGGGAGGAGCCAGAAGGCGACCAAGCGCGGGGGCUGGGAGGACGCCGGGGUCGAGUUCUACCGCGAGGCCUAUCCUACCUCCGUCGACAACAUCUACGACACGAGAAUCACCACGCUCCUGCCCUCCAAGAGAUACAACGUCAACUCCAUCGGGCGCGGAACGGUACGGCGUCGGGCGUCGACAAGAAGCAGAAGAUGCCAGCCCACGACCACGACGGCGACGCUGGUGCACACGAGCAGGCGAGGCUCAGACACGUACCUCGAGGUGCUGCCCGAUCUCACGCAAGGUGUGGACGAAGAAGAAACGUGGGAAAAAUUGCAGCAAAUUCGCGCUCAUGCUGUGCCAAUGGAGGAGAAACGCAAGCUCAAACGUCAAUUACAGUCGGCUCCAACGCUUCGAACGAGAGGCCUUGCUGCCUUUAAACUCUCAAAGAGGAAGUUUGCAUCUCAGGCAAAGAAUAGAUUGCGUGAGAUGAUAUCGAAAAUAGAAUUAUGGCAUUGGAGUCUACGCUACGUGGAGGGGAACUUUGGCACGGGACUUGUCGCCUUCUUUACAUUCAUCAAGUGGCUUCUGUACCUGAAUCUGUUCACUUGCGUAUUGUUAGCAGUGUUCAUCCUUUUACCACAGAUUGUGUUGAUUCAUCCCAAGGAUAGCUGUACUGACGUUCCAGAGACGAACCAGAGCUUAGGAAUCGAGAAUGAAACUCUCUUAAACGUCGAAAAUGACACUCUCUGCUGCUUUGAGGCGUACAAACUGGAAGUACUUGAACAUUCCACAAACGUCCACUCCUUCAGUGAGCCAAGUGACAUUGUCCAGAUGAUCCUGGACGGCGUGCAGGGAACGGGUGUGCUGGAACUCUCAUACCUGUUUUAUGGGCGCUACCCAAGACACAUACUAAUCCUUGACAAGAUAAGGGGCUGGAAUUAUAACUUACCCUUAGCCUAUCUGCUGGUGGUGGUGGUUACACUGGUCCUUAGUUUGGUGCUGAUGGUGAGGGCUGCGGCAAGGGGACUCCGGGAGAGUCUCAGGUCCUCGGAGGGGCAGUUCUAUCAGUACUGCAAUUUGAUAUUUGGAGGCUGGGACUACUGUAUUGAAAACAACAAAGCCGCAGCCAUAAAAAAGAAAGCCAUCUAUAAUGAACUCUGCAACCAUCUCGAAACAGAGAGAUACAAUGAUGAGAAAGAGCAGAGAACUAAAAGAGAAAGAUGCCGUUUAUACUUUGUACGCCUUAUGAUUAACUUGGUGGUGAUAGUCCUUCUCUCUGUGUCCUUCUUGGCCAUCUUCUACAGCACCACCUAUGCCUUCAACAAACUGAAAAUAUUAAAGAGUAACACAGAGGAGAGAGAUGAGGAGGAUCUAGAAAUACUUCUGUAUGAAUAUCUACCUUCAGCUGUUAUUGUCACACUGAACAUAAUUAUACCUUUUAUACUCAGACUCCUUGUUGAAAUGGAGCACUACACACCAAACUUUAUCUUGGUAUUAACUCUCGUGCGGACGGUCUUCCUGCGUCUUGCCUCGCUAGUGGUUCUGCUUUUCUCAAUUUACCAAGGAAUCAGCGAAUGCCCGGCACCAGAACCUGGUUCCUGUAUUAGUGAUGGAUGUUUUGACCAACCAAAGUGUUGGGAGACAUAUGUUGGACAGCAGCUCUACAAGCUAACGAUCUUGGAUUUGCUCAUCAUGUUCCUCUCGGCCUUUUUGGUCAAUUUCCCUCGUAAAUGUAUCGGACACAAGUUAAUGAGAGGCAGUCGCAUCGGAGCUGCCAUCGGGGACAUUGAGUUCAUGAUCCCAAAGCACGUGUUGGACAUCGUCUACGGCCAGACGCUUUGCUGGCUAGGGAUGUUCUACUCCCCUUUGCUGCCUGCUGUAACAUGUGUAAAACUUGUUAUUGUGUUUUACAUCAAGUACUUUGACUGUACCGUCAACAGUAGUCAGUCGUCACAACUGUAUCGUACAUCUCGCUCAAACGCCUUUUUCAUCAGCAUCCUUCUAAUCUCCUUUAUCGUCACAAUAAUUCCGGUUGGAUAUUCUAUUGCUGAGAUAAAGCCAUCUAUUGCCUGUGGACCUUUCAGGGGUCUGCCAACCAUUUGGAGUGAAAUGGUACAUGUAAUAUCAGAAUCUCCAAACUGGAUACAGGCAGUCCUCUUCUUCAUGGGCACGGCUGGCUUUGCAGUACCAGCCAUUAUCAUCCUCAUCCUGGCAUGGUACUACUAUUAUGCGGUUGCUGCGGCUAACAAACACAUGGUCGCACUCCUCAAGAAUCAGCUGAUCCUUGAGGGGCACGACAAGCAGUUCCUCCUGACGCGACUCGACCAGAUGAUCAAGAAGACGACUGAGGAGGAAGAGGCAGCCCGGUCCUCGCGCAGUACAGAGGAAGAGACAGGUCACAGUAACGAUCAGACACUAGAGGCUUAAGGCUACCUUUUGGUGGCAGGGUUUCGUUCUAAUAAGCAGAUACCCAAAUAUUUACAUACACAUACAUGCACACAGCAACACACGUGCACACAUUAUAUGCACUCAUACAUAGAUUAAUAAUGCAGUAAGUAAAGUAGUGUGUGCUGUGUUCAUUUCCCGAUUAUCAUCCUCUUGUUAAAUUUUAUGAAAUGAAAGCAGGUGGAAAGAUAAUUGUUUGAAAGAUGUCUAUGUGGGUCAGUGAUGUGUAUUCAGGCCCCAUUUGCAAUAUACAUGUAUAUACAAGUAAUGAAUGAUUUAACAUAAUUUAUUUGAUGGGAAGGUAAGAGUGAUGUAAACUUUUUUUUUUUUUUUUUUUUUUUUA